GAUAUCUGCGCUGCGAAACUAGCCUGGGAUGCUAAACUACCAAGUGACCUGAUGCAAAAUUGGGUCCAAUGGGAAAAACUUCCAAACCAUGUUACCGUACCCCGACCAUUAGCAGCGUAUCAAGAAGACAUCCAAACCAUUGAGUUACAUGCCUUUGGGGAUGCGAGCAGAAAAGGCGUGGCUGCUGCAGUGUAUGCUGUAGUGAUGCAAGAGAAGGGUGUCAACCAAGGGCUAGUGGCUUCAAAGGCAAGAUUAGCAAAGAAAGGAUUAACCAUACCCCGGUUGGAGUUGGUGUCGGGCCACAUGGCGGUAAAUCUCCUGUCAAAUGUGAGUGAAGCUUUAGAAGGCUUUCCUGUAACCUUGAAGUAUUGUUGGCUCGAUAGCACCGUUGCUCUGCAUUGGAUAAGAUGCCCAGGAGAGUAGAAACAGUUUGUGAGUACCAGAGUUCAGAAGAUUCAGGCACAUUCUGACGUAGUGUGGCAUCAUGUGAGAACGUCAAACAACCCAGCUGAUGUGGGAAGCCGUAGCGGAGAAGUGACCAACCAUGCCUUGUGGUGGAAUGGACCAGAGUGGUUGUCAGACAAAGCAUCCUGGCCCCCUGACAUAGUGACAAAUGCCACACAAGCAUCAUUAGCAGAA